AUCAAUGUACAAGAAACAUUACGUUUUUGCAUGAUCAUCAAAGAUGAGCGUUUUCGAAAAAAGAAAAUUCAUUCUAGAGUAUCUUUUUGAUAUGAGUAAUUUCAAAAAUUCUACUCAGGUUAACAUCAGUGAAGUAAACCAGACUUCAUCGCCCAAAAGUUACGAAAGCAAGAAAGAAAUCGUUAUGGAAGAUAUAAGCCCAAUAGAAUUAAAGUUGGACGAUAUAACGACCAUAGGAUUUGCAAAAGACACCAGUCAAGAACCUGAAGAUUCAGGCGACUGGAAAUAUUGCGAAAGACUUCCAACCAGCUGGACUACAACUUCACGCCUACCCGAAAUGGACAUUGCUAUGCUACAGCCAUCAAUCAAUUCAUACGGUUAUGAAUAUAAACGAAAAAAUCUGUACAGUUUAUCCGAUUCAAAUCGUCGUACCUGUUGGCCAUCUUGUUUAGCCGAAUCGACCGAACGUCCACAAGUUGAAGCUACUGCAUCAAAGAACAGCAAUCUACUGUAUGAGGUUAGGGAAUAUUUGGCAAAUUAUCAAGAAACUUAUGGAACACCGCGUAGCGAAUAUUCAUUUGCUGCUCUUGUCAGGGUCAUGGGUCAAGCGACAGGCAGAUCACUUCUAGCAUUGUUCUAUAUCAUAGUGAAUGUAGCUCCUGUUGCUGAGGUCUUCCUGCACAUAUUGCGCUUUAUACUAGACAGAGCAAUAAGUAUUCUGAACACGAGCGAUCGUCGUCAAAUAUUAAUCAAGUAUUUUGUCCUCGGAGUGCAAUUAAUCAGCGUUUAUAUUUGUCUAGUAUUUAUUUUCGGCUCUAUCGUCGUGCCAAUCGUGCAAAUGGUUUUUGGUAUAUUGACUAAAAUCAUGCUGUACGGCUGAACUGGACAAUGCGAACAAGUUCACCGGCUAGGACAGAACAAAUAAAAUAUCCGCUAACUUAAA